UACAAUAACAGCCAACUAGUCUAUACUGAGAGGACUGAGAAGUUAAACCAUUCAACAUGGACAAGAGAAUCCUUUGUUUGGUAUUUUUUCUAAGCUAUUUUCAUGGAUCCUCUGCACAGGUUUCUACAACUGCAUCACUAAAUGCUACAGAGGCAGCUUCAACACCAGUGGAAACAACUACUGUGAAUCCAUUAACUGCAGUAAUAACAGCUGAGCCGCCAACAAGUUCAAAUGAAAAUGCCACUGUGGCUUCUGCAAACAUAACAACUACAGCCACAACAACAGCUGAGGAAACUACAGCCUCAACUGAUGUCCCAGCAACAACAGUUGCAACUCCAGUCCUAACAACCCUAGCUCCAAACCCAACAACAGAUGAGGUAACUACAACCUCAACAUUAGCUGAAACAGCUACUGUCUCAACAACGACUACAGCAACAACGGCUGCAGCUUCAGCAGCAAUAGAUUUGACAACUACCACCCCAACAACAGAAGCAGUCCCAACACCUGAGGAAACUACAGCUGCAACAACUGUUGUCCCGGACACAACAACAGCUGUAGCAUCAACAGUUGCUACGUCACCUGCAGUCCCAACACCUGAGGAAACUACAGCUGCAACAACUGUUGUCCCGGACACAACAACAGCUGUAGCAUCAACAGUUGCUACGUCACCUGCAGUCCCAACACCUGAGGAAACUACAGCUGCAACAACUGUUGUCCCGGACACAACAACAGCUGUAGCAUCAACAGUUGCUACGUCACCUGCAGUCCCAACACCUGAGGAAACUACAGCUGCAACAACUGCUGCACCAACUACCACAGCUGUGCUUCCAGCCACAACAAAUUUAGCUUCAACUACUUUUGCAGACACAUCUACAGCCCCAAAUAAUAUGACAACUGCAGGCCUACCCCUAACCACAACCCCACUCUACAGCAUGACAACAGUGACAGGGGGAACCACAACUAAAGGGUUUUAUCUAGCACACCUACAGAUGAAGUUAACAUCUUAUGGAGAGCUCAGCAAUGUAACCAUCAUUGAACUUGUCAAUCAGUUUUUCAGAGACCAGAUCCUGAAUGGAACAUCUGACACUAUCACUGUAAAAAGCAUUCAAAAGGUUCAAGGUGGCUGAUAGAAUUUUAUCUGUACAGAAGCUACAAAUGAAGGGCAUCUCUACACGGAAAUGCUGGUAGUAUUUUUUUAAUGUGUGAGACAUUUAUUCCCCUUGGUUCCUCAUACAUUUUUGCUUGCUUAAAGAUUAACGAAUCAUUGUGCUACACUAUCUAUCGCUAUAUAUAUCUGAAAUUAUUUUUGAGUGAACAAAAACUUUAGGAUUAAUACUAAGUCCCCUUUUCAGGGAAUACUUGAAGUACUACAUUGGCUCCAGUAUGCAGUACAAUAGGAAUAACAGACUGAACAACGUGAUGUGUGGUUAUUCCCAAGCUUUGCAAUAGGAGAAGUAAAUGUCAUACCAACAGCCAUGACAACCAGGAAAUAGUGCAAAAAUAUAGUGGAUUGCUGGCUUACACGUCCCUUUCAUUAUGCAUUAACAAGGAAAUUGGCAACGAUAACUCUGGUGAGUUAUUCUUGCAAUUAUCUUUGACUAUUGUAACCUGAAACAAGGAAAUAACUUAUAUUUAAGCUUUUCUUUUUAUGUGAAUGGUGUUUGUGGUAAAAUCCAAGGCAUGCAGACUCAUUUAUAAAAUGUUUCUAUUGGGUGAACGAUCUCUUGUGCAAACUUAACUUCUCUGUUGUGAGAUUGCCAUAAGAUUAUGGAAAAAUAUAAAAAAAAAUGACAAAUGGAGAAAAACCUUGUCAUUAAUUACGAGAAAAACCUACUCAGUCUUAUGAAAAGAAGAAUUUAAAAAAAGAAGUUCGUCAUGAAACUGGUCUGUUUCUCUGAUCAACACCCACUGAAAAAUUCAAAGGUAAUCUAAUCUGAUCCAGCAUCAUUCUGACAUACUUUUCAUUUUUGUUGGGAUAGAUGACACUUGUAAUGGUUGUCUACUGCGCUGCUUUGUGUUUCAAAUGCUGCAGAUAACACAUGAUCACAUUACAUUAUAUUUCUCAGAAUCUGUUGUAGAUUAAAGAUGAAGUGUCUGUGUGGA